UGGAGCCGGAAGUCUGCGGCAGGGAAGAGCAGGAAAUCUUUCUUGUUAAAAUCAUCAUCAUCAAGACUCUUCUCUCUUAACGCCUCGUUUACUGACGGAUCAGGAGAAAUCUCACUACUAAACACUUAACCAGAUAUACAAAACCAGGGCCUGCCAUGGCAUAUGCGGCAUAGGCCGUUUCCUAGGGCACGAAAUGACCAGAGGGGCGCCAGACCAGAGCUCAAAAACUUGACAUGUGAACACGUUCUUGCAUCAUGACGCAAUUAUGAAUAACUAUGAUAUUAAUGCAUUAAUUAUCCAUGUGUAAUGGAGACCAGCUGGUGAGGUAUGUGCAGGGAAACUUCACUCCACAAAUACCCUUUUACUUAUGUGAGACUGUGGCCUUGUGGUUCAAGAACUCACUGCCUGUUUUAGGUUGGAAUCCCACUCGGAGCAGCUUGGUUAUUUACAACCAUUUGACUGAUGUGGAAGGCAGCCGCUGGUCAGUCAGUUUCUGUUGUUGAAGAUAAUGGAGACGACUGGGAGACCGACCCUGACUUUGAGAACGACGUGUCAGAGAAGGAGCAGAGAUGGGGUGCCAAGACUGUUGUUGGCUCCGGUCAUCAGGGACACAUCAACAUUCAUAGUUUACGUGAGAGAGUGGCGUCAGAACACUGUGACAUAAAGCAGAAGGAGCUGGACACCAUGCCCAAAGCAUCUCAUGGUUACGGUGGAAAGUUUGGAUUGCAGCAGGAUCGCAUGGAUAAGUCAGCUGUGGGCCACGAGUAUCAGAGCAAACUAUCCAAACAUUGCUCCCAGACUGACACAUCUAAGGGUUUCGGUGGAAAAUUUGGAGUGGAAGCUGAUCGUGUGGACCAGUCUGCUGUGGGCUUUGAAUACGCUGGGAAAACUGAAAAACAUGCAUCACAAAAAGAUUACUCCACUGGGUUUGGGGGCCGCUAUGGCGUGCAGGCAGAUCGUGUAGAUCAGAGUGCGGUUGGCUUUGAUUACCAGGGUAAAACUGAAAAGCACGAGUCCCAGAAAGAUUAUGCCAAAGGCUUUGGUGGCAAGUUUGGAGUGGAAACUGAUAAAGUGGACAAGAGUGCUGUGGGCUUUGAGUAUCAGGCCAAGACUGAGAAACACGAAUCUCAGAAAGACUAUGUGAAGGGUUUUGGAGGAAAGUUUGGUGUUCAGACGGACCGUCAAGACAAGUCUGCAGUUGGUUGGGAUCACCAGGAAAAACUGCAGCUACAUGAAUCUCAGAAAGAUUACUCCAAGGGAUUUGGAGGGAAGUAUGGUGUGCAAAAGGACCGAAUGGACAAGAGCGCAGGCACAUUUGAGGAGGUGGAGAAGCCAGGCGUGUCGUAUCAGAAGACACGACCUGUAGAAGCAGCUUGCAGCGGUACCAGCAGCAUUAAAGCACGCUUCGAGAACAUCGCAAAACAGAAAGAAGAGGAGGAUCAGAAGAAAGCUGAAGAAGAGCGUGCUAGACGCCACGCCAAAGAAAAGCAGGAGCAGGAGGAGGCACGGGACAAACUGAAGGAGGAGUGUGUCAGUGAGACUGUGGAGAACACUGCCAGUGUGUAUGAGCUGGAACCCUCUUCAGUAGAAGCAACAGAGGAAGACUUGUACCAGAACUCUGAGCCGAACCAUCAGUACCACACCUCAGAUGAUUAUGGAGAAGAUCUUGGCGUGACUGCUGUGGCUCUGUAUGACUAUCAGGCUGCUGGGGAUGAUGAGAUUUCCUUUGACCCUGAUGACAUCAUCACCAACAUAGAAAUGAUCGACGAGGGCUGGUGGCGAGGGGUGUGUCGCGGAGGGUAUGGACUCUUCCCAGCCAAUUACGUUGAAGUUCGACAGUAGACUCUUUCCAGUGCAGAGCGUUAACUGAAGAUCACAUCAGCUUCUGCUCGUCUCUGUAGUCUCUUCUUCAUUACACACACACACAGGUGUUUGGUCAGUCUUAUUUCAGUCAGAGGAUCAACGACAUCUGUUAUAAGAUCAUUCUGUGCUGUCCUCUCUGUCCAUAGGAGUGUGUUUCAUUGUUUCUUCACAGUGUUGGUCAAACGUGUAAAUUAUGUUUGAAAUGUUUGAAACUCUUCAAUGGGAAAUUCAUUGCCAUUUGGUGGUAAACAUGCGUAUCUGAAACUCGGCAUCUCUUUUCUCCUCUCUGGCAUAUGUGCAUCUGCUGAUGUCCUCCUGUUGUGUAUUGUGUGUCACGUGUGUCAAUUCUGUGGCUAGAUUUGAUUCCAUCCGAUGUUUACCACAUGAUGAUAAUGAUAGAUUUUAUAUCAAUGAGCUGGUGAAUUACGACAAUCCAGCUCAGCUGCAGUUGACUUGAAACGAAAUGAAGGCUUUGCUACAGCUUACGACAUUAUACGUUUUCAAUUACAUGAUUUUAGUUAAGUGACCUUUUGAAACAUAUAUUGUCUGUGCUUAUCUACUCUAGCUUUGUCGCCAUGAUUGUUUUAUAAGAAAUGUCAUUUUAAGAAUAAAAUAAUGGAAUCUUCAUCUAA